GAGAGCCGGGACCUGUGGGUAAUGAUGGACCGGAGGGUAUCCUCUCACCACUAACCGCUCGGCCAUGGCUCGGACCGGCUCCGGGGCCCUGCUCUGCCGCCGGAACAUGAAGUUAGACUCUUUCCUGAAGCGGAACACGGAGCGGGCGGUGUACGAGCGGAUCCGAGCCUACGAACCGUGCGUGGUGAAGUCGGACACCAUCAAUAAAGUCUACAUGCACGUGGUCCUGAGCGACGAGCGCGUGUAUCUGACGGAGUACCCUCCACGCACACUCACCUCAGUGGUCAGCUUCAGCCGGAUGAGGGACCUGGAGCUGGUGAACGACCUCCCAGAUUUCCUAAGUGGGAAGGACAGAGAACUCUGCCAGCACAUCCGCAUCCUGUACGUCACCGACAAGCUUGAAGAGAAGGGAUGUGAUUGGAAAGAUGACAGGGAGGGGCUUCCUCCUGCGGCCCCGCCCUCUCGGAGAAUCAGCCACUGCCCAUCAAUGCAACCUACUUUAGAUGGAUAUCCUACACACAGAGGAACAGAGCACAUUCACACGUUAAAAACCACCCGAUCUGCCUCCUGUCCGGACUCGGAGACUCUGGGGCUCCUGAUGGUCCCUUAUCCUCCAACCCAUCCCCCCUCUACAGCAGCACCAUUCAAGUCCACCAGCAGCUCCCCCACGUCUCCUCGGACAACCUCCAGUCAGAGUCUGAAGACCUCUGAGUCUGGACAGCAGGGGUCGAGGAGGAUCGGCUCAGUUCUGUCUCGUCUGUUGAGAAAAAACAGCAGCGAGGCAAAGGAGGUUGAGCUGCACCUGUACGCUGUUUCACCAACGUCCAAACUUUACUUCCAUCUACAGAGCUCCUGGAACAGCUUCAUUAUUAGGUCAACCCUCCUGUUAGACCCACUCUAUAGAAGGCGGUACUAUGUCUCAUCUGGAACCUCUACUGGAAAGCAGCUGCCUGUCAUCAGCUGGGAGCGGACGGCACAUCUGUUUGGUCAGUUGAGUGCAGAGCUGCUGCAGGAGGGGCUCAGCAUGGAGAGUCUGUACCUGCUGCUGCAGGAGCUGAGGACGGCUGCUCAUCGAAACAUCACCUUACGCAAACUCUUCUGGAGAUCUAGUGAGUUGUGUAUCUUCCUGGUUCAAACCCUUGAGGAUUCCCUUCAUGGCACUCAGACUGGAGUUUACACAACAGAUCAACUACUACUAAGCACUCUGAUCGUCCAGACACUCGCUGUCAUGUUCAGAGAGACAGACGUGGAACCAGCCAGAUUCAACCUGUUGUCUGCCAAAAAAGGUGCCCUUACCUCCAGAAUGCUGCUUGCCUUGAUAUGUGAUCCAGAGCUACAAACGCAGAACCAGGGAUCUGCGACAGACUCUGAGCUUCAGGCCUUUCUUGCUGAGUAUCUGGACGCUGCCUGUUCUCUGUUCUUUGAGCUGCUGCUUUUAGGUCAUGAGACCAGCAGGUAUUCAUCUGAUGAUAACGUCUUGUCUGUCGGUUGGAUGCUUCAUGUCCUGCAGCCUCAUCCUCAUCUGUUGUCCUUCAUCGGUUACCAGGCGCAGCAGGUGGUUCUGUCUCUGUCAGACCCACAGGAUGUGGUUCUGAGUCCGGUUCACUCUGUGCUGCUGUUCCAGCGUUGUCGCCUCCUGCUGGCUGGUCUCCAGUACAGCACCCAGAUGUCCAAGCACCUCCAGUCCCACUUCAGAGAGGAGUUCAGGUACUCUGUGAAUCUGUCAUGUCUGGAAAAGAAGCUGCCGCCUCAAUAUCCCAUCAGCCCACUGACCCAACGACUGGUGGAGCAGAUCCUGAAUCUCAUUCUGCACUGAUGAUUGCACACUUAUGAUGAUUUUCAGCAAUACAUAAAAAUAUAAGAAUGUAGAGUCUUCUUCAGUAAAAUGCGAAUAUUUUUGUGAUUUUGUUUUGUCUGUGUUGAAUUCUACCAAUGAUGCAGACAAACCAACUGUUCUUUACAGCAAAAAAAGUGCUUUUUUUUCUCUUAAGAGAAGAGGAGUAUGGGGAGGUGUGUUGCAGACCAAGUAACGCCAUAAUAUGGAGGAAAAAUUAAGAACUUUGAGUAAAAAUGCAACAUUUGUCUCAAAUGUUGAAUGAGAAAAAAAGUAAUUUGUUCGCUGCACUUCAUUACAAGACUUGUCACAGCUAACAGAGGGAACAGUAUCUGGAGGACCAGAAACUUUAAACACUGUUGUUAAAUUUGAUCUGUAUGUGCAUUUAUUUAUUUGUUAAACCUCUAUGAUGCAAUUAUAUGUUGUUUUGCACAAAAUAAAAGGCCAUCUCUUUAUACAUCAG